CCAUCGUUAACUCUGAUCUCUGGCAACACUUAUAACCCUCCACAUGUGUUAGGUUCUACAGUGUAGGCCUUCAACAUGAUGAUUGCACAGUUUGUCGCAGGGGCUUCCCUCUUUGCUCUGUUGAUUGUGGAAAUAUGCUGCCAUCCUGUUAAGCAAGGCUCUAAUCCUGGCGCUUCUUUUAAGAGCAGUAACAUGAACACUGCUCCUAAUUUGGAUUUGUACCGGGAAGUGCCUUCUGGCCAGUUUUCACCUGGAGCUGUUCGGUUUAACAAUGCUCCUUCUCAAGGCAUCUCUACACCAAUUGAUCAUGCAGUGCCAGAUACAAGGCCCAGUGUUUCUGAGUUUAUAGUUCAAAGAGAAAUAACGUCACUUGUUGGCUCUAGUUCCCCUGGCCUGCUUUACUCGGGGAACAAGGGCACUUUGUACCAGGAAGUGCCUUCUGACCAAUUUUCAACUGGAGCUGUUCAGUUUAACAAUGCUACUUCUCAAGGCAUCUCUACACCAAUUGCUCAUGCUGUGCCAGAUACAAGGCCCAGUGUUUCUGAGUUUAUAGUUCAAAGAGAAAUAAUGCCAUUUGUUGGCUCUAGUUCCCCUGGACUGCUUUUCUCAGGGAAUAGGGCCACUUCAGUGAGGCAAAACUCUACCAGUUCUGCACAACCAGAAGCUGGGUUUCAAUCUGCCUCACAAGAUGCCAACUGGGCUGUUGCAUCUCCUCCUGAUCUGUUCUACGGCGGUGAGGAAAUGUCGACUGGCACUCGUGGUGUUGUCUCCAGUCGACCCAAGAAGCUGAGUCUCCUUCAACCAAUGUACCAGGCAGGGGAGUUGUCCAAUUAUGAGCUAAGCAAUGAGCACGGUGACUUCGAGAGGGAGACCGAGGAACAAGGCUGGUGGCCUCAGCAACCACGUCCUAUGCAAGAGUCUGCUGGACAAGGCUUCGCCAGCCAACCUCGUCCAGUCUUCAACAUGGGUAGAAGCUUGAGCCCUUAUCAUUACUACGACUUCUCUUUCCUUACCGGCCAGUAUCCUCCAGGCACAUUCAGUCAUGCCAGCAGCAGCUACGAGCAGGGAAGAGACUACUGGCAAGACGUUCACUAUAUGAAAGACUCUGGUACCUCUAACCCCAGACCUGAACAGCAGAUCCAGACCUUCACUGGUGACUUUGGAGCUCCCCAGAGCAUUGAGUAUCCCAGUACGCCUGUGGGAAGUCCUGUGAUGUCUGGUUAUGGACAGGGUGGUGCUCAGCCUGGUCUAGAAGCUUCUUCCCCUCAACACUUCUGGCAGUCAAGCCGUUGGCCAAAUCAUGCCUAUUAGCGGUGUGGAUCCCUACAGCAUGAACAAAGUUUUCGGAUGAAUAAAGCUUUUGUAAUUUA